GUCAUUCUCAUCCCAGUAUAUCGUUGCGACGGAGUGGAGGAGGAAGAAGCGAGCGAGUUCCUCUCCGCGUGGGUUGAGUUGAGGGAGAUGUCGGAGGCGUACCAGAGGGUGAGGGGCGGCAGGCUGGCCUUCAAGGGAGGGGAGCUCGCCACCCGCGAUAAGCCCAUCGACAAGAAGAAGAAAAAGAACAGGAACAAGGACAAGCUCAUCGACGACCCCAGCGACCCCAGCCUCAAAGUUGUCGACUCCGCCUCCGCUGCCGAGGAUAUUUACACAAUUGAUGCCGCUAAGAAGAUGAAGUACGAGGAUUUAUUCCCCGUCGAGGCCAAGAGGUUCGGCUACGACCCCGAUGCCAAGGUUAAGUCCGUUGAAGAAGCCCUAGACGAUCGGACCAAGAAAAAGGCCGAUCGCUACUGUAAAUGAGCCGAAGCGCUCUGGAGAGAAGCAACUCGUCCUAAACUCUCUGCUUAAACAUCAGUUGGACGCUGAUUACUGAUUCCUGGAAUGGAAUAGAAUGUGAUUGUACUAGUAUCUUCGUUAUUUGGCCAAAGGUGGGAAUUUCAGAGAAAUCAAAUGGAGAAAUGUUUGCUAUAAGGGAAUCAUCCAGAGGGAAGUUUUCUACUGUUAAUCUGGCCGGGGAUAUGGGCGAUUGUCAAUUAUUCUCUUAGCAACACCCUGAUGUCUAUAUUAGUAAAUCAUCCCCGAUCAUAUGAGAGUUUUCGGUUGCUAUUUACUUUAUGUUUCAGCUUGGUCAAAACCCGUGUGUGAUUGAAUAAGAUCAGUUUCAGAAUCUAGCCUUCUGUAAGUCUAUUUUGAAUGGUGGGCUUCAAGAUUUUGAAUAGUAAGCCUGCUAUAAGCUUGCUUUUACUCUGGGUUGGCUGACAAGGAUGUAUGGUCAUGUCGGUUCUAUGUUUUUCACAAGUUGAUGAAUUGCUAGAUAUUAUUCCGGAAGCUGGA